GCGUCAUAGGCGGGAGGUCGCGGAUGAAUACUGUGUUCUGCGACCUCGAACGCUUCACAUAACCAGAGGUCUUAUAGUAUUAUUCCUCGCUCGGACGUUUGAAAAAUGGCGCUGAAGAUCACAGAAGACUGGGUGCGGGAGAGGGUCGAGCUGAACCACGACAAACUCGAGGAUGUGCGUUCUUUGUCACUACCUGGUACAUACCAUGAGAAGAUCACAGAGCUGGGGACAGCAUUGGAAGGUUUUAGCAGAUUGAAACACCUGGACCUAUCCCGGAAUGCCUUGCACAGCCUGGAAGGACUUACCCUACUGAGAAUGUUGGAGAAACUCAACUUAUAUUAUAACAACAUUGCCACCUUGAAGGAGUUGUUCCGCCUAAGGAGCAAUCAACAGCUGCAGGAGUUGGAUCUACGGCUUAAUCCUGUGGCAAAAAAUGAGCCAGACUAUAGAUUAUUUGUGGUGCACAUGCUCCCCAACCUAAGGAGACUAGAUGACAGGCCUGUCCGUGACACAGAGAGAAAGGCAGCCCUCUUGCAUUUCAGUUCAGAACAGGCAGUAGACUUUGCAGAGCAGAUUGUGCAGAGCGGAAGUGCAGAUGUUACAACAACAAGGCCUACACAUCCAAGGACGGAGUAUUUGAGAGGAUUGUACAAGUACUCCAAAGCUCUUCACGAUGAUGACAACGAGGUGUUGGACUUGAUGGUUCGGACUGAUUGGCAGCCUGGACAACCUGUAGGGAUAACUGGCUCUGGUGCCAAAACAGCUGACAGUUAUGACUACACCAGACAAGAGAAGCGUCUGAUGUCCCAACAGACCCCUGAUAAUGGAAAGGACUAUCAUAUCCUCAGCUCUACUUACCCCACCAGCUUGGAUGUCCAACCUAUCUCUCAGCCUACCAUCUUACAGUCUCAAGGACAGCCAAGCCAACCUUCUGCUGCAGGACAAGUUCCUUCAUCACCCCCCAAGUCCAUAUUGAACACCUCAGGGGGCAGUCUAUCAAGAGACCCAGGUAUUUACCAGCCCAGGGACAGGGGCAGGGUGAAGUUUGCAGAUGAGGUGGUCCAUAGUGCUGCUGAUCCAAACCUCAAGUUUGCAGACGAGCUGGAAGCCUACACCAAGUUCACAUCACAGGGUCUUUUCACACCUGCACCAGAUAACAGACAGAUGGAGAAAUAUUCCACUGUACCUGUCAGUCACCAACCAACUGAAAGGUCAGGUGAUCAACCUGACAACCAAUCACAGCCCUCAUCUGAAAUUUACAGCCAAGCACAGCCAACUUUACAGAAUUACAACCAGUCAAAACAUAUGAUACAAGCCCAUAGUCAGUCACAGCCUGUGCUGGAGCCAUCAUCUGAACAUCAGCCCCAGUCAGACCAGGACAUGGCAGGGGAGACAACAACGUGUGUUGAUGCCAUCAGGUCAGAGUUCAUGGACCAGCUCCUGACAGUUGUAGACAAAUAUUGGAAUGGGUCUGGGUCACUGCACAAGCACCAGAAGUUUCAAGGUCUAGCAAAGAAUUUGAUGGCAGACUUUGUCUCAAAGUGUACAUCAAAAUAUCAGAACGAGUUUCAUAGAUUGAAUGGAGAAAUGGCAGCAUUUGCAGAGGAGAACAUCCAACUGAGAAGACGACUCGACUCUGAUGAUGAAGAAAAUCUAAGAGCCAAAGUUGAAAAAGAGCAGAAAAGUCUGGAGGUUGUACGUGGGAGGUUAAAGCAGGCUUUAGAGGAGGGAGAUCUGCUGAGGAAAAGGUUAUUCACCAUGGAGACAGCAGCAAGUUCACAGUCCCAAAAUGCUGAGGAGCACAGUGAGCAGAAUAAGUUACUGACCCAGGAAGUGAGCAGUUUGAGGCUCCAGCUGGUCAACUACAAGAAAAUGCAAGAGUUGACAUCCAUGCUACAAGAAAGCCACAAAUCUCUGGUUACCACUAAUGAGCACCUACUGAAGGAGCUGGAGGAGACCAGACAGCGCCACCAGCAUGAGGUGGAGCAGCUACACUGGAGUUACGACCAACUCAAGAGAACAACUGAACAGGGCAGCUCAGCUACCAUCUAUGGACAGCACAAUGGGGUCUUGUGAAACUCUGGGUGGAGACUAGGAUGUUCCUUUUAUUCGUUACAGAUACUGACCAAAGAUUAUUUUCUGUACAAUGUUUUUUUUUCUGUGCCUUCAUCUUUCUUAAGGUAGAGGAAGCACCGGGAAAGUGUUCACAGUCAUGAGGGGAAAAGUGCCCUCUGGCUACCCUGACCUAUAUGUAUCUGUAGGCCAGAUGAUCUGAAAGGCAGGGUGGAAUGAAGGAUGAGAGAUAAGCUAAAACCUGUCUAUGUGCAAGCAACAAUAUCUGCCCAAAAAGUUACACCCUAGUGCUACCACAGGACGCUCAAAGUCAGCAUGCCAGGCUAGGUAACAUUUCAGACAAUGGAUGUUAACUUUUUUUAAAAUGCAUUGGGAAGUGGAAAAACUGUAUACCAAAUAGAAAGAUAAAAGCAUUUUGUAGAUGUAUUACGUUAUUUUUAUAGUAUAUGUAUAAGUAUAUAUAGUACAGUAUUAUUGACAGCCAACAGAUAUCUAGUGGGCAUUUAGAAUGAAAUCUACAGUCUCUUACAGUGUGUAACUUUCCCUAGACUGAGAGCUAAUUAUUUUCAUGUUUCGCUUUGCUUCUGUUCUUUACCUUUUCCUGUUUAAUAUUUUUUCCUCGUCAUUCCAUUCGUCAUUCCUGAUUUUUCUCGUUGAUUUCAUGCAUCAUCAUGUUAGUUUCAACCCCUAAUGGCACUCACGAACAGAAGAAAAGUUUAACUUAUACUGGUAAAUAGAACUUUUCUGUAACAUUACUAAUGGAAUUUUUUUUCAUUUCUUUGUGAAAACACAAAGCUAAUGACGUUAUAUUCUAAAGAUGAAUAUGGAUAAAAGUAGUGUAUCCUGGUAGAUAUUUGAUACUAUCCAAGAUACAUGUAGAUGUAGAUGUCAGCUUCUGUCAAAAGCACUUGCUUGAAAUCAGAAGAAAUGUACCAUGGAAACCUAGAACAUAGAGAUUGAACUGGUGUGGCUUGACAUUCGUUUUGUUCUAAAACUUGUCUCCAACUAAAAGCCAUGGUUCUGUGAUUUCUAGUCUGAAGUUCAAGGAAUCGAAAUCAAUCUGUUUUGGUCGCUUCCCAUGCAUGGAAGACAACGUUUCAUAGUGUUUGAAUCUGUCACUGUUUGAAAUUAAAAGCAUGAUUUGGAUACCGUGGUAGCUAAGUGAAAGAAUGAAAUUUGGAAUGAUGGAAAGAAGUUUUGGACAUUGAUUUUAGUGCUAUUAGAACUAACAUGUACAGUACCACAAAAUGAGCCUUAUUUGAGUCAAAUGUUUUCCUAGAAAUUAAAUACCUUAACAGAUUUGGAAAAUAGAGCCUUGUUAUCAUUUUGUUACUUCCGUAUGUUUAAUGGGAGCGCAAAUACACUGCAGUAUACAUGUACUCAUGACUUUGAUAGACAUCAAACAUAUGGGGAUUAUAUGAAAUAGAAUAAUUUUAGCUUUC